AUGAAAACCAUAUUGAAAAAGGUUCUGGGCAGAGCUUCUCUCUUUUAUGAAAGCUUAACGACUGCUCUGUGCGAUGCAAAAGCAAUCAUAAAUUGGCGACCCUUAACUUACGUUUCGGACGAUGCGAACGAUUUAAAAACACUCAGUCCGUCGAUGUUUUUACAAGAAACGCGAGAAAUAGGAGUUCCAGAUUUAGAUGUGCUCUCUAAAGAAAAAUUAAAUAAAAAAUUGAGACACCGACAACAGACUUUGAAAGAUCUGAGAGAACGUUUUCGAGUCGAGUAUUUGAGUCAGCUGUUGUUACGAGGCGGUAAGAAAGAGACGCGAAAAAUCAAAACAGGAGAUGUUGUUUUGAUUGGUAGCGAUAACCAGAAAAGGAUGGAUUGGCCUCUCGGGCGAAUUGAUGAAAUUAUCGAGGGUCGUGACGGACAAGUUAGAGUUUGUUUAAUUAAAACAAAAAAUGGGUUAUUCAAACGACCAGUACAGAGAAUUUACUCGUUAGAAUUAUCUGCGAGCGAUGAAUUUCUCAGGCAUUUAAACGAAUGCGUGCCGUUGAUCGAGCGAAUGGACAACUUAUUGGAAGCAAAAGAAAAUUCCAAUAAGAGCAUUGAGAGUGUUAAUUUAAAUGAUGAUCAUUCUGGUUUAGAUAAAAUUGUAACGACGAAAAGCGGACGAAUUAGUAAAAAACCAGAAAGAUUAAAGUAUUAUUUAAAAUUGUGCGUAUGCGUAAUUUAUUGUAAAGGAAAAGAAAAAUGUGAAUGA